AUCAGGUUUGGCUUGAAUUAGAUGAAAUCUUUUUCAACUCUGAAAGUAUAAUUCUGGGAUGAGUAAUAUAUAUUUGCAUGCCUAGUAUUUUAAAUUUUACAAAAUUAUCCUUUGUCCUAGGUCAGUCUUAUCUUAUGACUUGUGAGAACUGAAAGGCAUUUCUGCUUCUCCCAUUUGAGCCAGUUUAAGUAGAAGACCAGAUGCUGAGUACUUUACUUCCUCAUGGAUGUACGGAUCUUAUCUCAGAAUGGCUGAAGAGACCAUGCUGAGUCACCUGGGGGGAAAGGCCACCCCACUCCAGGUGGAAAUUGUUAACCUAGCACCCGCUUUUUAUCAGCUUCCGGGGAACAGCUCCUUGGAACUCGAGAAGGCCUUUUGGACGCUCUUACCCUCGCUCCGUUGGUUCCUCCUUCCUUUGACUCUGCUCACCACGGUCACACUGACCUUGAGCCCCCUUCUCUUGGUCACUAUCCUGCGGAAGAAGAAAUUCCGGAGUGAGCCCCGUUACUUGCUCUUUGCUAACAUCAUAUUCUCAGAUCUGACCUAUAUUCUGUUCCAUGUGCUGGUUUCAACAAGUAACCUCACCGGUUGGAGCCUCGGGCGCGUUUUCUGCGGCAUCCUCACUGACGUGAUAUUUAUCGCCUAUGCAAGCACCAUCUUGUCAUUCACCGUCAUGGUGGCAGACACCUACCUUGCGGUCAUGCUCCCGCUUCGCUAUCUCUCCCUCAUGUCCACGGCCACCGCCAGGAAAGUGGUGGCGGUGAUCUGGGUGGUAGCCUGCUUCUUCCCCACCUUCCUGGUUUGGUUCAGCAAACGGCGGGAUUCUCGAUUGACAAAUGACCACUCGCUGUGUAUCCUGCAGCUGACCCUGAAUUCCCACGCGGACACCAAUCACCUGAUCACGGUUGCUCACGUGUUCAUCUUCUGCGCCCUCUUUGUCUGUGCGGCUCUGAUCUCCUACUGCUACGUAAAGAUCUACCACGUGGCCAGGACGUCGGGCCUUUGCAUCAAUCGUUAUUCGAGGGCCAAAGGAACGUUGCUGAUUCAUACGAUGUUAAUUGUACUGUAUAUCAGUCCCGUGGUGCUUUUCGCCGUGGAUCUUAUGCUGUCUAAGAACCGUCGCAUUGGAAACAACGCCCGAUUAUGGUUGAUGGCCAUUAACAGUGAAAUACUGAUGCUACUUCCUAGAGCCCUGCUGCCUUACUUGUACGGACUGAGAUAUCGGCAGCUUCUCCAGUCUCUCAAAGGCUUAGUCUCUAGGCGAAGAACCAGUGAUAUUCAAACAAUUUCCCUUGGUUAGUGCAGCAAGGAAGCUCAUCAGUCAUGUUAAAUGGCUUAGAGGAUUAAUUUCUCUAGACAUCUCAAUUAUUUUUUCUGCUAUAGUGGAAUGUUUUGUUUUUUUUUCCUAUAAAAGUCUAGUCAACAAACAUUCAUGGGGUGCCUACUCUUCGUCAGACACUGAGGUCUGUGCUGCUAACUGCAUCCUCAGUCUCUGGAGACCAAAUAGGAAAUAAAACUUUCCCCAAAGAGCCCUUGAUUAUUAAUAAAUAAAACAAAAUAAAAGAAGGAAGUGCCAAGAACUACUUUCAACCUUUUCUUACUUUAAUUCCUGGACCUUGUAGGUUUCUGUUUUAAUUUGUUCACUUUUCUGAUUGGUGAAUAAAAUGUCUGAGUUGGGGAGGAGUCAGGGAGUUGAAAUGUAAUUUUGACUUGAUGGCGGGACCAAAGGUCUAUAAAUAGUUCAGCUACAACUUUGUUUAGCUCUUAUCUCCCUGUCCUUAACUUUAUUACAAAUGACCAUAAAUGACCAUGGGAUUUUCUGUAUAGAGUGUUACUGUUAAAUGUCUAAGCUCCAGAAAAAGCAUUUGUCAGACAGUUUUAUUUAUUACCUGAUUAUAAAGUAUAAUUACUCUGGGUCAUCUACCAGCCUGUGGAAAUAGCUUUGUUAUUAAAAGUCUUAUUUUCU